UUCCAUUCUCUUUCAGAGCUUAUAAGCCUGAUUCCAUUAUUGAACAUUUUUCGCAGAAUAGCGUUCGCAAAAUUUUAACUCCUCCCAAAGUUCAAAAUAGCACUGUUCCAUGUUUUGUCUGGACCGUGUUUUGGAAGACUUGUUUUGCCUCUUCCCCAUUUAUAAGUUGUUUAGAAAAUAAAUGGAAGUUAUUCUAUUUGAAAAAAUGGUUGUCUUACGGUAAACUAGUAUGUUUGUCAUUACAGUUAAACAAGGAUGUGGCCGUCCGGACUUGUCAAAAGAAAAAGAAACGGACAUACAGUUGAUUUUAUGUAUGCAUAAAAAUUUUUGCAAUACAAAAGAAGAAUUUGAAAAAGAAUUUUUUUGCCUGAUUAAAGGCUGGGAUGAAUUAGAACCUAGGAGAAAAACGUGUUAUGAAUUUUCAGGAUCGAAUGACCCUGAGGAUGAUUCAUGUUUUAUUAAUCGACGUGAGGAUGGAAAAGUGGAACAAGGUUGUGGAGAGUGGAACAAGGCAUCAUGCCCAGAUAAUAAAGAAACGGAAUUUUGUAAAUAUUGCUAUUCAAGGAAUUGUAAUGACGAAAAAAUAAUACCUAAAUAUUGUUGGACAAAUUACGGAAAAAUUAAAGUAAAUGGAGAUGUUCCUUGUUUUGCGGAAAGAACAAAAGCUAAUCAAAGUUUUGUUGCUGGUUGUGGCACUUGUGAUGAAAAUAAAAUAGACAAUUCUUGUGUUGAUUGUAGAGGAUUAAAUUGUAAUAUAAAAGAUAAAUUAAAGGAAAGUGUUUUUUGUUAUGAGAGAAAAGAAAAUGGAAAUGAGAAGGAAGGAGGUAGACCUUGUAAAUCGAAAUUUUGUUUUAUAUCUGUGGAUGUUAAUAAAGGUAAUUAA